ACUGGAAUAUAAAUCACUAUGAAGUGUUCUUUUUGUUAGUGUACCAAUAGCCUGCCAUGAUGUCCAGUAAACUCACAUUUGGCUGGCUGUUCUCAAAUUUGAUUCUGCUUUCUCUAGCUGUGGGCACAAAAUAGGAAACGUAGGUAGUACUAUGCCCACUAAAAGAUUAUGCGAGAUGGUAAAUUACCCAAGAUCAUAUAACUAGUAUAUUUCUGAUUUCAAAGCCCUCAUUCUUUCCAUUAUGCCAGCUAUCCAGACGUAUAAUGAGAGGACUCCUAACAGGAUGCAGUCACUGGAACCCUUAGGUACCCAGAUUACCAGUUACUUCUGAGUUGUACAGUAACUCAAGAAUUGAAAGAUAUUUUUAAGGCAAAGAUACUCUCCCAACACUCAAAGGCAACAAAGAUCACAGAUAAAGUAGAAACAACAGCAUGUACACCACAGAGUCAAAAGAUGAACAUUUGGAGGAUAAAAAUGUCCAAUCAUCUACAACUCCUCAGAUCCUCAAAGACAAUAAUAUUAGGGAACAUGAAGAAACUAAGCAAACUGUCUUGACAGAAACAGAGGAAACAAAACCAGAGAUGGAAAAGAAGAGUUCUUGUCCUCCACAAGGAACUUUGAAUAAAUUUAUUACAAAUGGAGUUGUACUUUUUAUGAUAUGGUGUAUAACCUGGUCACUCUCAGGCCCUGAAGUUCUCCCUGGUGGAAAUUUAUUUGGAGUGUUAAUUAUCUUUUAUAGUUCCAUUAUUGGGGGGAAACUUUUGGAACUCAUUAGAAUACCUUCAGUGCCUCAACUUCCACCUCUUCUUGGCAUGUUACUGGCUGGCUUUACCAUCAGGAAUGUUCCAUUCAUCAGUGAGCAUGUCCAUAUUAGUAACACGUGGUCUUCAACGUUAAGAAACACUGCCCUUACCAUUAUCCUAAUACGAGCUGGGCUUGGACUUGAUCCCCAGGCUUUGAAGCAUUUGAAGGGAGUUUGUUUAAGGUUGUCUAUGGGUCCAUGCCUUAUGGAGGCAUGUUCAGCUGCUGUUAUUUCCCACUUCCUUAUGAAUUUUUCCUGGCAUUGGGGAUUUCUCUUAGGUUUUGUACUAGGUGCUGUCUCUCCUGCUGUUGUUGUCCCUGCCAUGCUGGUUUUGCAAGAAAAAGGAUAUGGUGUUGAGAAAGGCAUUCCAACCUUACUAAUAGCUGCCAGCAGUUUGGAUGACAUCCUGGCUAUCACUGGUUUCAAUACAUGCUUGAGCAUAGUCUUCUCCACAGGUGGUAUCCUUAAUAAUGUCAUAGCCUCUUUUCGGGACAUACUUGUUGGUGUGCUGGUAGGAACUGUUUUGGGAUUUUUUGUUCGAUAUUUUCCAAGUGGAGAUCAGACAAAGCUUCCAUUGAAGAGGGCAUCCCUUCUUUUGAGUAUGUGUGUCUCUGCUGUCUUGGGCAGCCACCGCAUCGGUUUACACGGAGCUGGAGGAUUGUGCACACUAGUGUUGACUUUCAUGGCAGGGAUGAAUUGGUCCAAAGAAAAGAUUAGCGUCCAAAAAAUUAUUACAACUGCAUGGAAUGUUUUUCAACCCCUUCUUUUUGGUUUGGUUGGAUCAGAAGUAUCUGUUGCAUCUCUUAAGUCAAAUGCUAUUGGCCUUUGUGUUGCUACCGUGAGUUUGUCAUUAUUGAUUCGAAUUUCUUUUACAUUUGCAUUGAUGUGUUUUGCUGGUUUUAGUUUUAAGGAGAAAAUUUUUAUUGCUUUAUCAUGGAUGCCCAAAGCUACAGUCCAGGAAAUUUUCCCUUGCUAAGAAAGGACGCUGUGAAAUCUAAGUAUGGGACCCACCGGAACACGUAUCAACACGCUGCUGUGAGUUGCCGAGAAUGACUUUAAAGAUAAGUAUUUCAUGAACACAGACUAAGACAUUCAAACUUUUGGUGAGGAGGAUAUUCCCCAAAGUCUUGUGAUAACUGUGGAAUAAUUGGUUAAUCUGACAGUGAAGCUCCUUAAGGGUGCUGGAAAAGAGGUCUCAGGAAAAAAUACCCAGGGCCAAAGUGAGAGCCAUGUGAUAUUUCUCCCUCCUCACAAAGGAGAGGAAAGAGCAAUAAUUUUGGACAUACACCUUAUAAAACUUGUCAAAACAACUACAUUUCUAACCUUAACUUUAAAAUUCCUGCUUUUGGUCAUGAGAAAGUCAAGAUCACACAAUAUCGACAUUACAUGUAAUGAAUUAAAAAUCCAGGUACCAUGCUUAGUGCAGUGUCCAGGACACAUGAGCACUCAAUGACUAUUAGCUCUGGUUCUUCCUGGAAGAAGAGCUAAAUAUGUCUGCUUCCCAUACCUUCUUCGUAGACAAUGAAGGCAGAAGGAACCGACUGGAUUGUACAUUUCAUAGACAGACUUAAGGAUAGGUAUUAAUAUAGAAUUCUAAGAUGAAACUAAAUAGACUCUUGGGCUAAAAAAUUACAAAAGUUUUAAAGAUUCUCAGGUAAGUUUAUUUUGCAAACUUUUUCUAUUUUAUGUUUUGUUGGUUUACACUGUUAUAAAAAUGUUCAUAUAAACACAGUUUUGAACACCGAACUAUUUAUUAUUUUAACAUGAAUUCAGAUAUCCUUUGUUUAUUUCUAAUCAACCUUCAAAUUGCAGUAGCUCCUAGGU